CUCCCUGCAACACUGCCCUUGUGCCGCUGUGCGCUUUUGCACUUUCUCCUUUGUAGCCAUGAACGACACUGUGAAGUCCCCUUUCGUCAUGAUCUUCCACCUCCCAAUCAUCUCGGACGUCCGCCACCACUGCGAGGUUUACGGUCGAGGUCAAGGUAGCUCAGGUGGUAUUGGUGGUGGUUGCGGUCGAUAGUCCACGUGAAUCACUAUCAGCACUAUGUGCUCAUUUGAAGAGGUACUGAAGAGACCGAUUACCCAUUCGCAAUUACUUGGCAAGAAAGAGAGAUGCCAAGCCAGUUCGAAAGCUUCUUGCAAGGAGCACUUCAAGCUGCUCGGGCAGUUGUCUCCACAUGCACGCCGUUGCAUGCUAGACAGUCUGACAGAAGCACAGCGAUGCACGCUGGAACGCUGGAUCUUGCGGCGAAAGUCAAUGCGUUCAUCGAAGGACAUGGCACGUAUGGCGCGACGGAGGGUUCAAUCUACAAGCUGGCAGGCUGCCAAAGGCCCAGGCUUCGGCAUUCACAGGCACCGAAGAGCAGGGCGAAUAGCAUACCGGGCCGGGGUGAACAUUGGACCACUUCGGCUCCAUAGCGUGUAUUACGCUGACAUGACGAAGGCGCAAAGUGUUCUGGAGGUGAUGUUGCGCAUUCAGCAAAAGAUUCGCCAGGAGUUGGCACACACCAAGCGCUUCGAAGGAGGACUUGGGGGCUGGAAACAUGUCUUGGUUCUUACACCGCAGAAGCACAGAGCCAUGCACGUCUUGAACAUGUUGAAAUGGCAGGAGUCUCCAAGUGUGGCAGACUUGAGGCCGACAAGCCGAUUCACAUGUUUGAAAACCGAAAGCUCGGAGCAAUUUGGUGCGCGAGGCGGCUUUUCGAUCUGCCCUGCAUUCGCUUUCAGAUCCGUUGCAUUGCACAGCUGA